GUGUACCUGCACUGCAUCUUCCUAGGAGGAGGGCUGCUGGCCGGACACCACUGGGCAAAGCAGCGCCAGGAUUCUCCAGUCGUCGAGAGAGAGCAUCCACUUCUUCGUGCACAAGCAUUGUGGCAGGUUCGCUUGCCACGCUCGGCUGCAAGCGAGCGAGAGCAGCUUCUGAGCGGCGACAGGCAGAUCGGGACGACGAGAGUCUUACAGCGGAGAUGGAGAGCAGAUUGGCGCAGAUCCAGGCCGCCAUUCGCAGGGGCGAGGCAGGGACACCUGCCAUGCGCCGACACGCCUGCGAGGAGUGGAUCGACAGGACCAAGCUGGCAACCGAGGAUUGCCGCCCGAGCUUCAUGGUCUUCGACCGGGGUGCCACUACUCAGGAGAGAGCUUCGCGAGAGCCG